AAUAAAAGACCAGGUGAGAGAGGUACCUGCAGUUCGUCUCCCCCAAGCAAGAUUAAAAAAGUCCAUACAACGCCAUCAGAAAGUACUGGAAUAUCUCCCAAGCCCUUACGAAAAUUACGACGAGUUGCAUCUGCUACACAGAGUAUGCAGUCAUCUUGUAUGGAACAUUCUGCUCCUACCACAACAAUAGGUGUUCUUGACAAUCCCACGCCUGCUAUGCUUUUGGUAAUGCAGCGUAAUAUGGAACGCCAAAUGCAGCAAACUGAACUAAGCAAAAAUAGAAUGAAUGCUGAUAGAAAUGGUUGUAAAAUUACAGUCAGUGAAAGCUUCAGAUCCAUUGCAGAAACUGUAGCAAGAAAAAAGAGUCCAUUUUCAAGAGUUAACAGUUUGCGAACUAAAAGGUGAUUGCAGUAGAAUUUUAAUCACUUUCUUCUUGCUUCUGGAGUUUUAAAAAUGGUUCAGAGUCCUUUUAUCGAAGUCAUUGUUUAUAUAUAAUAGUUUUUUUUAACCAAAUACCAAGUCUGGUAAGCCAUUGUGUGGUGAAAAUAUUUAUAUGGGCCCUGAAGAUGUAGAUAAUCAGAAAUGAUGUUGAAUCCUGUGAUAAUUGGUGUAUCUAAAAAACAUUCAAGUUAUUGUAUAUAAUUUUCAAAAUGCUUCUCCUGUACAUAUCUUAAUAAAAUUAAAUUUUAUAUGAAAUAA